AGCUGGCAUUUUAGGCUGCUUCUAUGAAUCUUAUGUAGCUUGCAAAGAGCACAGAAAGCCCCGCAGCCAUGAUCAUUCCAGUUCGCUGCUAUUCCUGUGGCAAGCUGAUUGGAAACAGGUGGGAGAAGUAUCUGCAAAUGCUUCAGCUGAAAGCAGAGGAGCAGGAGAAGGAAGACAGGGAACACCCAGAGAACAAAUCAAAGCCAAAGCCCGCCGCGGAGAAGGAGGUUUUGGAUGAGCUUGGCUUUAACAGGUACUGCUGUCGCAGAAUGAUGCUGACACAUGUGGACUUGAUUGAAAAGGUCAUGAACUACAAUAUUUACGAGAAGCGUGGGUACCAGGCCAUGAUGGAGGAUGAUGAUAGAAUGGAGGACUGAGCGCUCAAGCGCGCGAGCGUGCGCCUGGUGACGUCCGAUAGCAGCUCGGACCUCCGAAAAUGUGGAGCAUGCCGUUCCUCGCCCGUCGCCGAAAAAGCGCCGCACAAACGCCCUGCAAUCUGCUGAGACAGACAUCUUCAGCAGUGCAUUCAUGAGCCUUUUUUCCGACUCCGUGCUGCCUUCAGCUGCCA